AUGAGCGGCGGACAAGGCUCCCAGGACGCUAAGUUCUUUCAGCGGGGAAAGAUCCAGGAGUUCCGUGCCGAGCUACAGGCAGCGGAGAGCAAGGACAAGAAGUUCACCAAACGCAAGACCGUGCUGAAGAAGAUCGUCGCGAAUAUUACUAUGGGGAAUGACAUGUCUCCCCUCUUUGGCGACGUCAUUCAAUGUCUUGGAAUCCCUAACCUUGAGAUCAAGAAGAUGGUGUACCUUUUCCUGGUGUGCUACGGUCGCCAGAAGGCCGAAUACAUCCAUCUUGUCAUGUCGAGCUUCCUCAACGAUUGUGAAGACCGUAACCCUCUCAUCCGGGCUCUCGCUAUCCGCACCAUGUCUUACAUCAACACACCAGUCGUUGUAGAGGAACUGCAAGACCCACUCCGACAUUGCCUCAAAGACAAGGAUCCAUACGUGCGGAAAACUGCAGCAAUAUGCGUUGCUAAGCUAUAUGUGGCCGAUCCAAGGAAAGCCGAGAAAGGCGGCUUCGUGGAGCUUCUGCGGGAUCUGCUAUUGGACUCUAAUGCUACUGUGGUAUCGAACGCCGUUGCGGCGCUCUCGGAGAUCGGCGACCGACAGGAUGGUGUCAUCUUCAAGCUAAAUCUGACUGUUGCGAACAAGCUGCUUUCAGCUCUGGGUGAGAGUUCGGAAUGGGGCCAGAUCUAUAUCCUGGAUUCCCUAUUACGAUACGUCCCAGAGAAGCAUGAAGAUGCCCAGCAAAUGGGGGAGCGAGUGCUCGUACAACUAUCGCACGCCAACUCGGCUGUUGUACUCACUGCUAUCAAAGUGCUAUUGUAUCUCAUGAACUACAUGGAGGACCGCCAAUUGAUGGAUUAUAUUUGCAAGAAGAUGGGUCCGCCAUUAGUGACGUUGCUAUCGUCUGGGCCUGAGGUUCAGUAUGUUGCACUGCGGAACAUCUUGCUUAUUAUCCAGCGACGGCCACAAGUGCUGAAGAACGACGUCAAGGUGUUCUUCUGCAAAUACAACGACCCCAUCUACGUCAAGCUUGCCAAGCUUGAGAUUAUGUACCGUUUAGCGCGCGAAGAAAACGCCAACGAAGUAUUAGCAGAGCUACAAGAAUACGCUUCAGAGGUCGACGUAGACUUUGUGCGCAAAGCGGUGCGCUCGAUCGGCAGGCUCGCGAUCAAAGUGCAGCCGGCGGCGGACUCGUGCAUCAAGGCGCUAUUGGACCUCAUCGAGACGAAGGUGACGUACGUCGUGCAGGAGGCGGUGAUCGUCAUCAAGGACGUGUUCCGGCGGUACCCCGGCAAGUAUGAGGGCAUCAUACCCACACUGUGCGAAAACUUGGAUGCAUUGGACGAGCCGGAGGCGAAAGCUGCCAUGAUCUGGAUCGUAGGACAGUUCGCAGACAGGAUAGAGAACGCGGACGAGCUCAUGGAUGAUCUGACGUAUACCUUCUUAGAAGAGCCUACUGAGGUCCAACUGGCAUUGUUGACUGCAGCGGUAAAACUGUUCAUCUACAAGGCGCAAUCGGAGACAAGCAAGGCGCUCGUGCACAAAGUGCUGAAGUGGGCAACGGAGGAAGUGGACAACCCGGACCUCCGCGACCGAGGGUUUAUGUACUGGAGGCUGCUUGCGAUUAACCCGUCGGUCGCAGGGGAGAUCGUGCUUGCGGAUAAACCCGCGAUUACCACAGAUGCGGAUCGCAUGGAUCGAGGUGCGCUCGACCAGUUGUUGCUGCAUACGGGUACAUUGGGGAGUAUAUACCACAAGAACCCUGAGACAUUCAUCCGAAACGCGACGGGCAAAGCCCUCGUCGACAGCCCCGCGCUCAACCCACUCUCCCGCCAAGUCCUCGUACCUGCCACUCGCAAUUUCCUCCUGCCCACCUCAAUCCGCAUGCCGGGUGGGAUUCCGGAUCCGCGCAAGUCGAUCCCGUUCAUCACGCCCCAGCGCUCCGAGUCGAACGGGCACACGCCAACGCCGCCCUCAGCGCCUGCGGCCGGCUCCGACGUGCCCACCGCGAACCUGCUGGAUACGCAAUCGUCACAGGAUGACGGGGACGACGAUGGCGAGACGGACGAUACGCACGGGCAGGUGAUGCAGUCGCAGAUGCAGAUGCAGACGCCGAUGGCUACUGCGGACCCGUAUGCGAACUUGGACGCGCUCGGCGCGUUGAGUGGUGGGUACGUCGCGGAUGAGCCGCAGCCGCAUCGGCACGGGCUGUUGUUCUGA